UUCUCUCUCUUCAACCCCUCAAACAUCAAAACCCCGUCUUUCCCUCUCCUAACUACGGCGGCAGACAAAUAUUUCAACACAAAAACUUAAAAAUGGCUCUUUCCGGUAACACCAUUCUCCCUACCAAAACCACCUUCUUACCCUCCACCACCACCGCAAAACCCACCACUUUCUCUCUCCUCCCUCUCAAACCCCGCCACAUCUCCGCCGUCCAAUCCUCCGACAAAAACCACCCCAUUACCUCCUCCAAACCCACCAUCCCUUCCGCCGCCGCUGCCUCCACCACCGCUAUCUCAUCCAUUGCUAAAAAGUCGUCGUCUGAACAACAAUGGACCCUCGAAAGCUGGAGGUCAAAAAAGGCAUUACAGUUACCUGAAUACCCAGAUCAGAAAGAACUCGAUGCUGUUCUCAAAACUAUUGAGGAUUUCCCCCCGAUCGUCUUCGCCGGAGAAGCUCGUAUUCUCGAAGAGCGUCUCACUGACGCCGCCCUCGGCAAUGCCUUCGUCCUCAUGGGCGGCGAUUGCGCCGAGAGUUUCAAAGAGUUCAAUGCUAACAAUAUUCGUGACACCUUCCGUGUUCUUCUCCAGAUGGGCGCCGUCCUAAUGUACGGUGGCCAAAUGCCCGUCGUCAAGGUGGGGAGAAUGGCGGGGCAAUUUGCGAAGCCCAGAUCAGACGGGUUCGAGGUUAGGGAUGGAGUUAAGCUACCGAGUUACAGAGGGGAUAACAUUAAUGGCGAUGCAUUCGAUGAGAAAUCAAGGAUUCCUGAUCCACAGAGGAUGAUUAGGGCGUACUGUCAAUCAGCUGCUACUCUUAAUUUGUUGAGGGCUUUUGCUACUGGUGGUUAUGCUGCUAUGCAAAGGGUUGUUCAAUGGAAUUUGGGUUUUGCUGAGCGCAGUGAGCAGGCUGAUAAGUACCAAGAAUUAGCUCACAGAGUUGAUGAGGCCCUUGGAUUCAUGGCUGCUGCUGGUCUGACACUUGACCAUCCCCUGAUGCAAUCUACUGAAUUCUGGACUUCCCAUGAGUGUUUGUUGUUGCCUUAUGAACAAUCUCUAACAAGGAAAGAUUCAACUUCCGGGCGCUACUACGACUGCUCAGCUCACAUGGUUUGGGUUGGAGAACGUACUAGGCAGCUUGAUGGUGCUCAUAUUGAGUUCCUCAGAGGAAUUGCCAACCCCCUCGGAAUUAAGGUGAGCGACAAGAUGGAUCCUAACGAGCUCAUCAAGCUCAUUGAUAUCUUGAAUGCUGAGAACAAGCCUGGAAGAAUCACUAUAAUCACUAGAAUGGGAGCUGAGAACAUGAGAGUGAAGCUACCUCAUUUGAUUAGAGCUGUCCGUAGAGCAGGUCAAAUCGUGACUUGGGUCAGUGAUCCUAUGCACGGAAACACCAUUAAAGCUCCAUGCGGUCUUAAAACUAGGCCUUUCGAUGCUAUUCGGUCUGAAGUGAAAGCCUUCUUUGACGUCCACGAGCAAGAAGGAAGCUACCCAGGUGGAGUUCACCUAGAAAUGACAGGACAAAACGUCACCGAAUGCAUCGGUGGAGGCCAAACCGUGACCUUCGACGAUCUAAGCUCACGUUACCACACACACUGCGACCCGAGGCUAAACGCCUCACAAGCUCUAGAGCUUGCUUUCAUCAUUGCAGACCGUCUUAGGAAUAGGAGGAUGAAGUCUCAAGCCUCUCUUACAUCCUAAACGAAGCCCCGUUUAUUUAUUUAUUUUUCUUUUUUGUUCUUUUUGGUGUGUCUUUUAGUUAUUGUACGAGUAUCUGUAACAAUACGUGUUUAUGUAACCGGAUUCUUUUAGAAAUGUAUGUUGUGUAUUGUAUGUGUAUACCGGGGGAAUACGAAAAAAAUUGAGUAUUCUGGUGUUUGAGAGACCAUGACAUUGAAUAAAAAUGUGACUACAGUUUCUAAACAAA